AUGCCGGACAACAAGUCACUUUUUAUGAGGCCGGUAAAUGGUGAAAGGCGGAAAUUCAAUAAACGUAGUGCUCCAGAGAAACGUCGUGCCCGAGAGGAAAAGUGUCUGGCCCGAAUAAUUAGCGAUACUAAAAGCCAGUUUUUGCUUGUGCAGCAUAAAAAAGAGAAACAGUUUGAAGAACUGAGAUUUCAGUGUAGCAGCUAUCCGAUUAUAACAAAUAUUCCAACAUAUGAGGUGUCAUCCACCUUGUGUGCGCCUUCAAGUUGGUCCAUCAUAUCGGUUGUCAUCCAACGUGCAUCUUUUGAUUUGGGUCUGAUUUGGUAUUUACAACAUAAUCCUCUUAAUGAUAGUAAUCUCUUUGGCUUCAUGUAUUUGGAGAAAGACUGCAAGCAAAAAAUCAGCUGUAACUCCAAAUUGGCCAAAUAUUUACACCACAUAACGAUGUUUGAUCCAAAAGUUCCCUCAAAACAUACACCUAAAAAAAUCGAAAAUUUGUUCUUUUUUCUACUAAAAAGUCGUGUUUUCAGUCUUGCUCACAUUAAUGAUUUUACUGAUUUAAGAAAGUCACUCGGCCUGAUCUACUUUAUAUUCUUGGUAAAUAUUCAUUUGGGUGCACUGUUCUUUACCGUUAUGAACAGCUUAAGUCUCAUAUAUUUUUUGACCGUGUGA